AGCGGCGCUGCUCCGAGCGCGCGUGUGAGCGAGCGGGGCGCGGGCGCGCCGUGCAUGUGCGCGUCGCCCUUUCUCUCUCUUUGCACCGGCAAAAAAAAAAAAAAGAGAGGCUCAGUUUCGUCGCCUCUGCACCGAGGUCCCAGGAUUCUUGAGCUGAGCCCAGCUGACAAGCUUUUGAAGAUGGCACAAUAACAGUCCAGUGAUGCCUGACCAUGACAGCACAGCCCUCUUAAGCAGGCAAACCAAGAGAAGAAGAGUUGACAUUGGAGUGAAAAGGACGGUAGGGACAGCAUCUGCAUUUUUUGCAAAGGCAAGAGCGACGUUUUUUAGUGCCAUGAAUCCCCAAGGUUCAGAGCAGGAUGUUGAGUAUUCAGUGGUGCAGCAUGCAGAUGGGGAAAAGUCAAAUGUACUCCGCAAGCUGCUGAAGAGGGCGAACUCGUAUGAAGAUGCCAUGAUGCCUUUUCCAGGAGCAACCAUAAUUUCCCAGCUGUUGAAAAAUAACAUGAACAAAAAUGGUGGCACAGAGCCCAGUUUCCAAGCCAGCGGUCUCUCUAGUACAGGCUCAGAAGUACAUCAGGAGGAUGUAUGCAGCAACUCUUCAAGAGACAGCCCCCAAGAGUGUCUUUCCCCUUUUGGCAGGCCGACUAUGAGCCAGUUUGAUGUGGAUCGGUUAUGCGACGAGCACCUGAGAGCUAAACGCGCCCGGGUUGAGAAUAUCAUUCGGGGUAUGAGCCAUUCCCCCAGCGUGGCAUUAAGGGGCAAUGAAAGAAGAGAAAUAGCUCCGCAGUCCGUAAGUCCCCGAGAAAGCUACCGAGAAAACAAACGCAAGCAAAAGCUGCCUCAGCAGCAGCAGCAGAGUUUCCAGCAGCUGGUUUCAGCGAGGAAGGAGCAGAAGCGAGAGGAGCGCCGACAGCUGAAGCAGCAGCUGGAGGACAUGCAGAAGCAGCUGCGCCAGCUGCAGGAGAAGUUCUACCAGAUCUACGACAGCACCGACUCUGAAAAUGAUGAAGAUGGCAACCUGUCCGAAGACAGCAUGCGCUCUGAAACCAUGGACGCCCGGGCUGGGGACUCUGUUGGCAGGUCGGACAACGAGAUGUGCGAGCUGGACCCCGGGCAAUUCAUCGACCGGGCCCGGGCCCUCAUCCGGGAGCAGGAGAUCGCAGAGAACAAGCCGAAAAGAGAAGGUCCCAAGGAGAAGGAGCAAGGGCCAAAUUCCUUCCAUCCCGAAGGCAAACACUUGGCCGAGACGCUGAAGCAGGAACUGAACACCGCCAUGUCACAAGUUGUGGACACAGUGGUUAAAGUUUUCUCGUCCAAGCCCUCCCGCCAGCUUCCUCAGGUCUUCCCGCCUCUCCAGAUCCCGCAGGCAAGGUUCGCGGUCAACGGGGAGAACCACAACUUCCACACGGCCAACCAGCGCCUGCAGUGCUUUGGGGAUGUCAUCAUUCCAAACCCCCUCGACACUUUCGGCAGCGUCCCUAUGCCCGGCGCUACCGACCAGACUGAAGCACUGCCUCUUGUCGUCCGCAAGAACUCCUCCGACCAGCCUGCCUCGGCCCCGCCAGCCGGCGGCCACCACGCCUCGCUACACCAGUCCCCGCUCUCAGCCACCGCCGGCUUCUCCACCUCCUCCUUCCGCCACCCCUUCCCACUGCCCCUCAUGGCCUACCCCUUCCAGAGCCCCCUUGGCGCCCCGUCGGCCUCCUUCCCGGGGAAAGAGCGCGCCUCCCCCGAGUCCCUGGACUUGACCCGGGAGACCACCAGUCUGAGGACCAAGAUGUCGUCGCACCACAUGAACCACCACCCCUGCUCACCUGCGCACCCCCCCAGUGCCGCCGAAGGCCUCUCUUUGUCCCUCAUAAAGUCCGAGUGCGGCGACCUGCAAGACAUGUCCGAAAUCUCGCCCUACUCGGGAAGUGCAAUGCAGGAAGGCUUGUCACCAAACCACUUGAAAAAGGCCAAGCUCAUGUUCUUUUACACCCGGUACCCAAGUUCCAACAUGCUGAAAACCUACUUCUCGGACGUAAAGUUCAACAGAUGCAUUACCUCUCAGCUCAUCAAGUGGUUUAGCAAUUUCCGUGAGUUUUACUACAUUCAGAUGGAGAAGUACGCGCGGCAAGCCAUCAACGACGGGGUCACGAGCACGGAGGAGCUGUCUAUAACCAGAGACUGUGAGCUGUACAGGGCCCUGAACAUGCACUACAAUAAAGCGAAUGAUUUUGAGGUUCCAGAGAGAUUCCUGGAAGUGGCUCAGAUCACGUUACGGGAGUUUUUCAAUGCCAUUAUCGCAGGCAAAGAUGUUGAUCCUUCCUGGAAGAAGGCCAUAUACAAGGUCAUCUGUAAGCUGGACAGUGAGGUCCCUGAGAUUUUCAAAUCCCCAAACUGCCUACAAGAGCUUCUUCAUGAGUAGAGAGUUCAGCAGCUAUUUAUGAAUGUAUGAAAGUAGCAGUCCCCUUCUGAUGCCCAAGUCAUGUGUGUCUCUAUUUUAAUUUCAUAUAUAUGUGUAUCACAUACAUAUAUAUGUAUAUGAAAUUAGACUGUGAUCCCUUCUGGAUUUGAGUUUUCGUUCAGUUCCAAGGGGAUGGUUAUUUUACUUCAGCCUUCGGUUUACUUUUACCCAAGACCCUUAACAUUUGGAGAAUAAAUGGGGUUAAUUUUCAGGGAGAAGAGUUUGGAAGCGUGUAAAAGUCUGUCUUAGCAAGUUAGGGCAUUAUGUUUAAAAACGCUUUGUCAGAUUUAUUGCUUGCUGCAAAGUGGCAUUUUGUCUUAGUGAGACUAAUGUCAUGGCACAAUACUACAGACAAUGAAGUUUAUAUUAUGUUUAUACUGCUAAAGGUCUGAACUCUGUGGAGUCACUUCAUGAGCUUGGAGGUUCUUUUUUUAUUUUGUAUACUUUUAAAUCAAUAACUAGAUUUUGUUUCAUAUUUCAAAAAGCUACAACAUCUAUUUUAGGUACUCACUCCAAGAAGUGGUACCCGAAAAGCAAACCCUAUUCUUCAUGCUUUCCCUUACAGAAAUGAUAAAUACCCUGCACCAGUAAUCAACAUGCCAGGUUUUUGUUUUUCUAAAUUGCAGCAAGGGACAUUUGCACAAAUCAAAUACCAUUCUUGCAGGGUGAGGCCAGUAAUUCAUGCACAAUAUUUUAUCAACCACUCUAAUUUUAGAAUACGGUCAGCUUAUUAAAACGGAAGCAUUUCACUCUCCAUAGAGUAAAAAUGAAACCUGCAGUGUACUAAACUGCCAUGUCUUGGUCUUACUUCAAGUGGCAUCAGUCCCUAAAUUUAUUCUUUUCUUAGUCUGUUCUGCCCCCAGAAAUCCCCUUUCCAGUAUACAAAGUUUUCUGUCUGUAUUUGACAUCUGUCCUGAAAAGCACUUUUUGAAUGAUCUUAUAUAUAGUAGAAGAAAGCAUCUUCACCUCACAAUGCUGAGGGGAAAAAAAAAGAAAAAAAAAAAAGACUUGUUUGUAGCUGUAAAAUAUAAUUAGUCUUUUCCUAAUCAGAAGAAUAAAAAUUACAUUUUCAUAAAAAUCUAAUCAAGCAUAUACAAAAAUCACAGUGUCCUCCUGGCUAUGCAGGUUUCAGAUA